AAGAAACUAAGAAGAUAGGAGUAAAAAAGUUAAGCUUUCGAAAUAAAAGAAAUAACCAUGGCUUCUUCAAUCUCUACACAGUCAGAACCAUCAUGUUACUAUUAUGGAUUGCAUGCACAUUACCAAGAGCAGUAUGAAUACCUUCGAAGCAUGAACCGCUAUCUAGAGGUGCAGCGUCCCAAACUUAAGCCCACUGAUUGGUUAAAUUUUCACAUUGAUGUUCUCUCGCAUUCGGUUGAUUCUAAUUCAGUUACACGCCUCAACACUUUACUUUACAAUUGUGAAGAAGUGAGCUGCAAAAGGUUCUUUGAAGAGGGUCAAGAUUGGUUUCAGUCUAUCUUGUUCCACCAAGUCUUUUCCUUUGAUUCACUUGAGCAACUUGCACAAAGACUUGUGCAAGAAGUACAUGAAUUGUUCGAUUUUGACGAGAGAUUAUUUGGUUCUAAUUUUGCUAAUGGAGAUGGACCUUCCGUUGCUCGGCGGUUCACUUUGCGUCUUAGAAUUUUCGUUGAAAUACAAUUAGAAAUAUAGUAGGUAGCUUCUUCAAAAAAAAAAGAACUAUAGUAGGUAUUUUUACACAAAUUUGUGAUUAUGUUCCUCAUUGACUCCAACGUUAUUUAAUAAAUGUUCUUCCUUGAGUUAAUGUUACUUUGCUGUUUAAUAAAGUUAAACCAU